CGAACGAAUUACCUCAAAUUACUGCUCUGCAAACCCAGGGGACUAUCCAACUGGAGUGGGAUAACCCAGCAUCCCGAGGAAAGCAGAAACCAAGGGAGGACGAAAGGGGUUUGUCCCGGGUUAACCUCUGAGCAUGAUGUCCUAUAUCAAGCAACCACAUUAUGCAGUCAACGGACUGACCCUGACCGGUCCGGGUAUGGACCUCCUACACUCUGCUGUUGGGUACCAAACAACACCACGGAAACAACGAAGGGAGAGAACCACGUUCACUCGAGCACAACUCGAUAUUCUAGAAGCCCUCUUUGCCAAGACCCGCUACCCUGACAUCUUCAUGCGGGAAGAGGUAGCUCUAAAAAUCAACCUACCCGAAUCCAGAGUUCAGGUUUGGUUUAAGAACCGUCGAGCCAAAUGUCGCCAGCAGCAACAGCAGAACAGUGGUCAAGCAAAGACAAGGCCAGUGAAGAAGAAGUCCUCUCCAACCCGAGACACAAGCUCCGAGACCAAUGCCAACAGUCAUUACAGUCCAACUCCUCCAGGGGCAGCUGGGACUCCCAGCUCCAUCUCCAAUGCCACCGUGUCCAUCUGGAGCCCAGCUUCCAUCUCUCCAAUCCCAGACCCGCUCUCCUCCUCCACAGCAUCCUGCAUGCAGAGAUCCGCUGCCUACCCCAUGACCUACAGCCAAGCUCAAGGGUAUAACCAAAGCUACACCGGGUCGUCAUCCUACUUCAGCGGCCUUGACUGCGGCUCCUACUUGUCCCCCAUGCACCCUCAGCUGUCCGCCCCUGGAGCCACGCUCAGCCCCCUGGGGACCCCAACCAUGGGGGGCCACCUGAGCCAGUCCCCAGCGUCCCUGUCAGCUCAGGGCUACAGCUCCGCGGGCCUCGGCUUCAACACAGUCGACUGCCUGGACUACAAGGAUCAGAGCACGUCAUGGAAGCUGAAUUUCAGUGCAAGUGACUGCCUGGAUUACAAAGACCAAACCUCCUGGAAGUUUCAAGUCUUGUAA